UGGCGAACUCACCCGAAAUAUUUUGCAGUGGUUUAAUUUUGCACAAUGAACUCAAAUAAAAAUAAAACUACAGUUCAGAGAUAUACUUUUACUUUAACUGACGUAUUUUUCGGUGGGCGUGCUUUACUUUUGACUUCAAAUUUAAAUCGUAAACAAUUCUCAAAUUUUAAGUUUAUAUUCAUUCGGCCGCAAUGACGCAAUCGCCGUACUGAUUCGGUGCAACUUCGUGUGCACGUGUGUCCUCGACUUUAAUGCAACGUCAGCGCCGCUCUCCAAGUGCGAGGAGCUGGGCUCAAAUUUCGAAGGAUCAAAAAACUCGUGUAGUGUUUAACAGAAAUAAUAAAUAGAGGAUGGAGAACAAAGAACUACUAAAAAGUCCACAUGGCGUGUUUUUGUAACUGCAUAUAUCGUUUUGAUUGAAGUGAUGUGUUUUCGUACUUGUAAACAGCAGUGUUUUAUUUGAAAACAAAAUGCCUGCCAGAAGGAGAACGCAAGCAGAAAAGGAUGGAAGAAAUUCCUCUGGUAGAAAGACCACUAAGAAUUCUUCCAUCAAGAACAAAUUCAAACGCAAGUUACCUAAUGCUUCCACAAUGUUUAUAUUAGCCCUGAUUUUUCUAUGUACCAUUGCCGUUGGCUAUAUGUGGUGGAGGCAUUACGUGAAGAGUAGAUUAUAUACACCAAUUGUUGCUAGACGAAUGAUAUCAAAAUCUGAACUCGGUGACAUGGGUGAUAUUAAAAGAUUUUGGGGUUCAUAUCGAUCAAAUCUAUAUUUUGGCUUUCGAACAAGAAGUCCCAAGUCACUCAUGCUUGGUUUGAUGUGGUUCACUGACCAAUUUCAUGAUGGGAGCAUUCAUAUCAGGCAUACUUGUGAGCAAAAUGACAAAUUGCCGAGAUAUGGUUGGAUAAGGCACGAUGGUGUCAACUUUGGUAUGCAAGAGAUUGUUGAUCAUGGUUACACCCUGAGCACAGAUUUUGUUAAAAGGAGUGGAGGGGACAAUGGUGGUGACUGGAGUGCGAGGGUGACUGGUCAGUUGAUGGAAAAUUGGGGAAGACAGGAUCAGAAGAUUAAUGUAAUGUUCUACAUUAUGAAAGAUGGGCCUGGAACAUUGAAGACAGAUGUUGAAAACGGAAGGCUUUCCUCAGUCACUGGAUAUACUUCAGAGUUGGGGGAUUUCCGAAUUAAGUUUUUUGAUGGCAACAAGAACUUGCUUUCAACAUAUUUGAGCACCCAUUUGGAGAAGGUCCAUCUUGCUAAAGAUGUCGUCAUGAAAAAUUUACACCAGUUCAAGGCUGGUGCCAAGGGAAAUGUUCGACUGCUAGGUCUGCCAGGUCGUCGUAUGGGCGGAGAAUUCGAGAACAAGGAAGAAAAUUUCAUAGUGUUCAGCGGUGUGUUUGAAUUACCCUUUACUAUUGAGAUUGCUUUUGAAUCAGGUAGUUUUAAAGAUCGAAUCAAUACACUGAAAGGUUCAGUCUUUCAAGAAAAUUUGAUGAAGUACAGUGACUAUUUUGAGAAAGUAUUUGAACAGAAGUUUAAGCUGAGGAAAAAGGGUCACAGCACUGAUGAGAUCUUGUUCGCCCAAGCAACAUUAAGUAAUUUACUUGGUGGGAUUGGAUAUUUCCAUGGUGCCUCACUGGUCACAUCUGAUCUUAUCAAGACACCAGUCAAGUAUUGGGAGAGUUCUUUGUACACAAGUGUACCUUCAAGAUCCUUUUUUCCAAGAGGUUUCUUAUGGGAUGAGGGUUUUCAUCAAUUGCUCAUCAGCCAAUGGGAUAGCACAAUUAGUGUUGAUGUCAUCGGCUAUUGGCUUGACUUAAUGAACAUGGAAGGUUGGAUACCACGUGAACAAAUUUUGGGUGAUGAGGCUCGGACCAAAGUUCCUGCAGAGUUUAUCGUGCAGCACAAUAAGAACGCCAACCCCCCUGCGUUAUUUCUUCCUAUCAAGUCUAUGCAGGAGAAAGGUCUUUUAGAUGGAGACUCUCUCCGUAAGCUUUUCCCGCGCCUUCGAGCUUGGUACAACUGGCUUAAUACGACACAGGUUGGGAUUGCACCAUCGACUUACCGCUGGCGAGGAAGAAACGCGGACACAGACAGUGAGCUUAAUCCGAAGACUUUGACAUCGGGUCUUGAUGAUUAUCCAAGACCAUCUCAUCCGUCUGACAAAGAGCGCCACGUUGACCUUCGUUGCUGGAUGGCGUUUAUAUCCGGAGUAAUGGCCGAUGUUGCUGAGUCUAUUGGUAAACGACCACGACGCUACAAGGAAACGUAUGAAUAUUUGAAAGACGAGUCCGUGCUCUCUGCGUACCAUUGGUCAGAAGGAUCGAAAAGUUUUGCAGAUUACGGUAAUCACACGAAGUACGUGAGAUUACGUCACGUUGCCGAGAAACCAGGAUUGCCGACAAGGGUAGCUCGCGUCGUUUACAAAGCGGCUCCCGAGGAGAAGUUUGUGCCGAGUAUUGGAUACGUGAGCUUGUUCCCAUUCCUCUUGCAGUUGCUUGACGCUAAUUCAACGAAACUCGGGGAUACUUUGAAACACAUGCAGAAUCCUAAAGAACUGUGGAGUGACUACGGUUUACGCUCGCUUUCAAAAUCCGAUCCGUUAUACGGAAAGUACAAUACGGAGCAUGAUCCACCAUAUUGGCGUGGAGCUAUUUGGAUCAACAUAAACUAUCUGGCAGUUCGCUCAUUACAUCAUUACUCCAAACUCGAGGGUCCCUAUCAAACGCUUUGCUUGCAAUUGUACAACGAUCUGCGAAAAAACAUCAUCAAUAAUAUUUUUGAGAAUUAUCGUAGGACCGGGUAUGUUUGGGAGAAUUAUGACGACAAGACCGGUGAAGGAAAGGGUUGUCAUCCUUUCACCGGUUGGUCAUCCUUAGUGGUACUCAUGAUGGGUGAAAUGUAUUGAAAUGGUGAUUUGAAGUUUUAUUUAGUUUCGAAUAAAUUCAUUUUGUUGAUGUGUUGUUGAAA